CUGGGUGUGGUAAUAAACGAUGGUUUCCGUGUAUUUUAUCAAUGCAUGCCCAAGUUCACAGUUAGUGUUUACUCAACUUGAUUUCGCACAAUCAGUCUUGAAGAAAGCAACCGUCACAGAUAGGUGUAGAGUCUAGAGAUAAUCUUCAACAAGAAAGUUCAACAUGGAUGUGAUUGAGGGACACUGCUUCCGCUGUGAGAAAAUAUUGCCAAGCGAAUGUGUGAAAUGUACCGGGUGUCCAGUGGCUGAAUACUGCAGCAAACGUUGCCUGCAACAAGACAAAGUCAGACAUGGUAGCGUGGAGUGCCUGGUAUUUGGCCCUAAACAGUGUGAAAGAUGCAAGAAACGCGACCACGUUCAAGAGUGUAGUGGAUGUAACAACGCAUCAUACUGCAGUAAAACCUGUCAAACAGAGUCUUGGGUCUACCAUAAGCAGCAAUGCAAACCCAUCAAAUACUUCAUCAAAGAUGCCUCAUUGAUCAUGUCAUCCUUGUUCACCUCGCUCGGAGAGUCUCUCUUCAAGACGGCAGACGGACCAGCUUACAUCGGCAACACAUUUGCGUUAGACUUCCUGCAACUACCGCGGAACGAAUGGUCCGAGACAGGAGCACCAGAAGACCAAGACCAAACUAGAGAUUACAACAUCUUAUCAGCGGGUUGUGGCGAUCUGCGGAGCACCAUGCUCACACUUGGGUCCUUACCAGCGACUUACCAAGGAAACGUCCACGUGACCCUGGACGACUUUGACCCGUUUGUAAUGGCAAGAAAUGCAAUGUUCCUGUUCAUGAUGGUGCGAUACAUGCAGAGGGAGGGUCUAUGUGGUUCUCUGGCGACAAUCUGGUACUCCGUACACAUCUCGGAGAGCGACUAUAACUUGAUCAGGGCAACGCUGAAAGAGCUCCUUAAAGAAAACACCAAGAGUAUUUGUGAAGCCACUAAUGGAGUGGUGAGAGUUGACGAUGCUGACUUGGUCUACAUGCGUGAGGUCUGGGAGGGUUGGCUGACACUGGAGUGUGAGCGGAGCAAAGACGACUGCAUCAAUCUCCGGCAACAAAGGACGUUUAUCUUUGAGAAGGACAUUGGUGCCCAGGAUGGCCUGCCCCAGUACUUACGUCGCUUGUCUCCAGCAGACAUGAAAUUCAUGAAAAAGUGGUUCGAUCACGGCUUAUUCGUUGCUAAGGACACGCAUCAUGGAAGCCUUCUCUUUGACAAUCCUACUCUGACUGGGAGACCAUCGAUGACGUACGAGUCGAGGAAAACGCGAAGGGCUGCUGGCAUACACUCACCCAAAGAUUUCAAGUUCGUGUAUUGCAUCCGCACCGAUUCAUUUGCCUUCAAGGUCUGGGACUGUUUAAGGGUUGAGGAGUUUACCGACGUCCCUGGUUUGUCUGUGAUGGUGAGGUAUCAUCGGUACGUAUCUCAGCUUCUCCAAAAUGUUCUCGGCGUUAUAGAUCAGGGGAGACUCAGUAUUUACAUGUCACUGGCAAACUGUUUGGACUUUCCCAAUCAUCAUCUCACCCUGGCGAUGCCACACUACGACAGGAUCUUCACCUCCAACAUUGCCGACUUGGUUGGUCACGCAAAGCUCUUGAAGACCAUGAAGCCUCUGCUGAAUGUCGACAACAAAUACUCUGUCAUCUUGACGCAGACCAUGAAUUGGAUCAUCACGCAUACACCCGACGCCGACGUCCAGAACACCUCGUUGACGGAGUUGGGGAAAGCCAUACAGAUGUGCAGCCAGGACACUGGCUGGAAUCGCAACAUGUCAAUGGACGUCAACAACCACAGAGAGUACUUCAAUAACACUCACUGGUUCCUUGCUUACCUAAGGGCAGACAUCAUGGGAGGAGGAAUCGGGAUACCGGCCAUGGAUCACGUCCCAACGCUCAAAGAGGUCAAGAGUUACAAUGGAAUGCGAAUGCGAGAUUUUAGGAAAGUCAGGAAUAGACUAGUACCCUUCAAGUACCGCUCGAACGCGAGGAAGAUCGCGUUGCUCAAUGGUAUGGACAGGAAUGUGGAAUGGUAUCUUCCUGGGUCCACUGAUUAAAUGUUUUAUUAAUCACAAUAAAUUCAGGGUGUUUAAACAUAGCCUGCCAAACUUGUGUCAAAAGAGGACGCUAGCAGAUGAUUGCGUGGAGCAGGACUAAAAUGUUUUUCUCACAUCCGAAGGAUACUCUACAUGUGAAUGGUUAUGGCCCUGUCUGAAUUGGCAUCUUCAUAUGCAGCUACGGCCAUUGGUACACUUCCACAUCAUCAUGCGUUGAACUACAUGUAUAGAACAUCCUUAGCAACACAUUUAGCAACAGUCGUAGCCGUAACCGUCAAUUCGGAUAGGGCCGUAGUGUCUUGGUCAAGAACACAAGUGUCAGGGCAUGGACUCGAAUCCACUCUCUACUGAUCAGAAACACCGGAGCUCCAGAGGUCUUGACCGCUCGACCGCCACAUGCCAAUUCUUAAUCCUAACGAGAUUCUUAUUGAACAAUGUUUGACUCACACUGAACUAAUGACAGAUGUUAACUUAGUUGUUUUAUAGGUGCUGGUGGUACAUGUAGAUCUAGUGGUAGAAAUAUAUAAGAACUUUGGACACUAUCAUAUAAGCAUUGUGUUCCAUUAUACGCCCUAUACAUGUACAUAAUAUACCUAAAUGGGCCUCGUUUUGAACAGAACCCUGGUUAAAGGAUUUGGAUACUUUUUCAGAGUCUCAGUGAGACGAAAAAUUGUUUUGCAUGUAAAAAUGUAUCAACCAGUUAUGGUAUAAUAAGUUAUGGUAUGUUAUGGUAUGUUACAUGUACGUUUUUUACAUGCUAAAAAUGAGACUAAAAUAAUUUUGGUGACAUUGUUUUACUUAUUUCUAAAAACUACAUCCCCUCAGCAAGUAACUCUGUGGACAUUGUGUAAAAAGUAUCCAGACCUUUUAAAGCCAUUGGACACUUUACGAACAGAAUCUUUUUUCAUGCCCUUUUGACAAAAUACCACUGCCGACUUUAAAGCCAUUGGACACUUUAGGAACAGAAUCUUUUUUCAUGCCCUUUUGACAAAAUACCACUGCCGACUUUAAAGCCAUUGGACACUUUCGGUAAACAGUAUUGUCCAAGGCCCACA